AGGAUGGAGAGAGAGCGAGGUUUCGCCUUCAAGUUGCUGGUUCCCCGCGGCCAGGUGAGCGGCCAGGUGAGCGGCCAGGUGAACGCUGUCCCGCCCCGGGGAGUGGACGAGGACCUGAGGGCGCUGAAGGAGGGUUUCAGUAAGUGUAACAAUAAACCAAACAUGGCAUUCCUCAAUUCAAGUGUGGCUGCACCAUCAAGACCACUCAGACCAGACUUUCCCAAGAUGAAAGCUGUGUCUCCAAUGGAAAAAGAGAAGAAUAAGUGUGGUCCUGGUGAGCUUUAUUCCAAGAUGUUUGAUGAAUUUGAGAAGAUAAAGUGUUGGAAGAUCAAAGUUGACAGUGACACAGUGCAUCAGGAAAGAAGACUCCAAGAUAACAAAAGAACAAUUGAAGCUCAACGCAAAGCAAUUCAGGAAUUGCAGUUUGGCAAUGAAAGCCUCAGCAUAAAGCUGGAGGAACAGAUCAGUGAAAACGAAGAUUUAAGGAACAGAAACAAUGCUACAAGGAAUUUGUGUGAAACACUCAAGGAAACCUUUCAGUGGUCAACUGAAAAAAUGCAUUUCCUUGAAUCUGAAAGAGAAGAAACGCAUCAUCUCUUCACGGAAAAUACUGAGAGUGUAAAGAAACUGAUUGCAGCGUUUGAUAGUCUUCAUAUUCAAGUAGAAGCUGACCAACAAGAGAUGCAAAAAGUCAAGGAAAGCUUACUGCAGUUUGAAGAUCUAAAAGAGAAAUGGCGUCAAGAACAUGCGAUGAAAGAUGAAAAGAUUGUAGUGCUCCAGACAAAGAUUGAGGAAAAGGAGAAUGAACUGGAAAAAGUCCUGCUUGACCUUGAUAAAAGCCACAAAUACUGCAAACAGCUUCAGGAGUCAAUACAUCAACAAUUGGAAUCUCUCAAAAAUUCUAACUCUGAAAAAGAAUCCCUUCUUCAAAACCUGCAUGCUGCUGAGCAGUGCUGUAAAGAAACCAAAAAAACAAAGGAAACUAUAGCUGCAACUCUGGACCAUACUAAAAAAGAAUAUGAGCAGAUGAUUCAAAGCAAAGAUCUCAGCAUUCAGGAGCUUUCUAGAGUAAAACAUCAACAGGCAGAAAAGCUGGAGGAGAUUCAAUCAACCAUACAGGAGCUUCAAAAUUCAAAAGCCCUAGAGACACAGAGGGCCAAAAAUCUUGAAGAUAAACUUGUCGCAAACAACUAUGAACUUGAAAAGACAACUAUACUUUUAGGAGAGACCAUGGAGCAAGUUACAAAGAAAGAUGAUUUAAUCAAAAUCCUUGAGGAUGACCUGGAAAUAAAGUCAAAGUCCGCUGAGUCCUUGAAGAGUGAGAUUGACAUCUAUGAAACCAGGGUGGAUGAACUCGUUGCUGCGGUGUCGAAUAAAGAAGAGGGAAUCCAGAUUUUUAAGAUCAAAAUGCAGGAACUUGAGGAACAAUUGUCUGCUCAAUUGAAGAAAAAGGAAGAAUGCAACUCUCAGAUGGAGCAACUAAAGAAAGACCUUGUGCAGCAUGAAAUGAAGUAUGGAGAGCUUUUGUUGAAGUUUAAAGAGCUGCAGUCUGAGAAGAUGACCAUUCAGAAGGAGCUUGAAGAUGGAUUGUCCAGUGUAAAGAUUAUAGAUGCAAACAGGAAGUUGAGUGAAGAGAAGGAAAAUCAACUUAACAAUGAAAUUCAAAGACUGGAAGAAGAAAACCUGUGUUUACAAGAUGAGGUAAAUACCAUUAAAACCACAAUCAUCGGGGCACAUCAAGAAACGGAAACUCUGCAGAAGACAAUGGAAGGAAAAUUUCACUAUAUGCAGACGGAAAUGACAAAAAACGAGAAAUGCAUCAAAGCUCUGGAAGCAAAGUUGAGUAGCCUCAAGAAAAAAAAUGAAAUUAAAUACAAGGCCCAGGAAGAGUGUAAGCAAGAGAAUAAAAUGCUCAAAAAGCAAAUAGCGAAGGGGAUUUCAAAAUCCAGUGAACUUGAAAAGAUGAUUGACAGACUGGAAGAGGAAUGCCAGAACUAUAAAACGCUGAAAGACAAUGAUCAACAGAAAUUGCUGAAGGAUCUUAAGUCAAAGUCAACCUUUGCAGCAGAGCUUGAGAAUGAGGUAAAGAGGCUCAGAUUAACAGCAGCUGAAGCUGUUCAGAACAAGGAAGAUUUAGAACUCAAGUGUCAGCAUAAGAUUGCAGAAAUGGUUGCACUGAUGGAGAGACAUAAGAGUCAAUAUGACCGUAUGGUUGAAGAGAAGGAUAGAGAGCUUGAUGAAAACAAGAAGAAAGAAAUGGAGACAGUUGCCCAUGCAAAAUCCCUGGAAUCCCACCUGUCGAAACUCAAGACAGAUAAUGAACUGCUGAAGAAACAGUUGGAGAUGGAGACAACAGAGAAGGAAAACCUACAGAAAAAGCAAACUGAUUUGAUGAAAGAAAUGUCUGCUGUUAAAAUGACCCAGUCAUCAACACAAAGGGACAAGUCAGCUGUUUCAAACUACAAAGAGGGGAGAGGCAUUGAUACUCCAGAGAAUACUUCAAAGAGUUGCAUAUUUGACUUCCCAAAGACCAGGACAACUCCCUCUGACAGCAAUGGUGUGAAUACUCCAGUUCUUAUGAAGGACAUUCUUGGUAAGGAUAAGAAAACUCCUGGAAGUAAGGCUAAAAGCAGCAGUGGAGCAUUGAAGACCCAAUCCUACAGAGUAAGGACACCCCCCUCUAAUGGAAAGGCUGCACCAUGGGGCAAGAGUGCCAUAGAGCUUGAACCUAAGUCUGACAGCUCUGAUCAUACAGAUCUCUUGAUGUUUGCAAAGGUGCCAGAACGAAGUGUUUCUGCUCUACAGUCCAAACGCAAUAUCUUCAGGAAGAUUAAGAGCCCAGUUGAUUGUAAAUCACCUGGGAACUCCUUGAAGUUGGCUGCAAUGAAAAGAAUUAGAGAUGCUGGUUGGACUGCUGUUACUGGCAGUGACCAAAAAAAGAAGAAGUCCAAUGAAAAGAUUUUUGCCUAACUAUUGCAGUUACAGGGCAGAUAAACAGUGUUAACAAUAUUAUCACUGACAGGCAUAGGUGUCUUUAGGGUUUGACAGAAACUGAAAGAUAAGGAUCAAAUGUACCAAUAUCAAAAUUGAAAGUGUUAAUAUUAGUCUUUUUUUUUUCUUUUUUUUCCAUUUUGGAGUUCAUACAGUUCUGCUUUGGAAGUAUAGCUUAGGUGACUGUGGCGCUACCCACAAUGCUUUUAAGGACUUUGCAAAAGGAAAGGUGCUGUUGCACAGAAUAAGUUUACUUUGGUUCACAUGAAACAUUGUUGACUUUACCUAGGUUUAUCUUGUUAA